GUGUUAGGAGAGAACAGCUCCUCCUCCUUAGCCAGUCUUCUAGGCAACCAUUUUGCGGGAUUCAUUGCAACCAUUUUCCCAGCUUCUGCAACCACCUUUAAAAUGCCAGCAUUCAACUCAGAAGAAAGGGCUCAUCCAGGAGAGAGUUCUGGGCAGUGAGGGUUAAGUGAUUUGCCCAGGGUCACACAGCUAGUGGGAUGGUGAUAGCUAAAGAGUGCCCCAGAGGAGGAUAACCAGAAAUCCUGCUGAAGGAACUGGGGCUUGGCCUAGAGCUAGUCUUUGCUUCUCCCCAGAGGGGAGAUCAAAUAAAUCUUUAAGUGUCUGAACAGUUCUCAAGUGGAAGAAAAGCAUGCCGGCUGUGUCUGGCCACAGAGAGGAAAACCAGCAGCUAAGGGUGGAAGCUUCCAAUGGGCAAUAAGCGUUAAAAGUACGAGCGGAGGUCCCACCCCCCUGCAUGUGCCUCCCUUAAAGAAAACCUUCCGGAAAAUCCGCGUGACCACGAAAAAGUGAGUGGCAGGCAGGUCCCACCCCUCACCUCUUCUCGCUCUGCUUCCUCUCCUUAUUUCUGCCUUCAGUUUCUCUGUUUCAUUUAGUGCCCCGCCUUUCUUCCUCUCUAUUGGCCCGUGGGUCUGCCUGUGUCCCUCGGGCUCUCCCGGCGGGCCUCCCCAUUGGCCGAAGCCGACGCGCGGCCGCGGGGGGGGCGGGUCCGUUCCUUUUUUUUCGGGACCCGCCCCCAUGCCGCCGGUGCCCUCCCCCUCGCUCCCCUCCGGGGCCGCCUCCUUGCCCCUACAGAGGCUGGUCUUAGGCACGGCCACCGACUCGGAGGGCUCGCAGCCGCCUAGUCUGCUGUCGUUGCUACCGGGCACGUCAUCGGGCAGCUCGGGGUUUAGCGGGGAGGCGGCUCAAGAGGAGCGGGGGUCGAGGUCUAGCUGGGUCUGUAGAAGAGGCCGGUACCGGAGUCAGAACCGGGAUCUCAAGCAGAGGAGCCUGAGCCCGGAUCCCAACUCUAGCCAGAACCCGCACUCCUCGCGCUGGGGCCGCACCGGCAUGGCGGCCUCGACGGUGCUGGGCGCUGGCCUGGCGCGGAUCCUCUUCUACCCGACGCUGCUGUACACGCUGGUGCGCGACAAGGUGUCGGGACCCGGGCACCGCGAAUGGUACCACCGCAUCGACAAGACCGUGCUGCUGGGCGCACUGCCGCUGCGCAGCCUCACGCGCCGGCUGGUAGAGGAGGAGAAUGUCAGGGCAGUGAUCACCAUGAAUGAAGAAUAUGAGACGAGGUUCCUGUGCAACACUUAUGAGGAAUGGAAAACAGUUGGAGUAGAACAAUUGCGUCUCAGCACGGUGGAUAUGACUGGAGUCCCAACUUUGGAAAACCUAAAGAAAGGUGUCCAGUUCACACUAAAGUACAAAGAACUGGAAAAAAGUGUCUAUAUUCAUUGCAAGGCUGGCCGCUCCAGAAGUGCCACCAUGGUGGCAGCCUAUCUGAUACAGGCAUAUAACUGGAGUCCAGAGGAGGCCGUAAAAGCUAUUGCCAAGAUCCGUUCCCACAUCCACAUCCGACCACGGCAGGUAGAGAUUCUCAAGGAAUUUCACAGACAGGUCAUGGCUGAAGCAGGAAAAACUAAGGCUUCCCAAGAAGUACCAGUUCAUGAAUGAAGUAGGGGGACUGGAAAGAACUCUUAAGACUCUGCUGCUCAUUACAGAAUAAAGAAAUGCAUUCACUGGA